AUGGGACUCCUGAAUCUCCUUAACGGGGCUAAUCCCUUGAUCGUUGUUCUAUACCUGGUUAUCAGUCUUUUAUCUGCCUUCUUGAUAAAACAGCUGUUCUUCCAUCCUCUAGCCUCUUACCCCGGACCCUUCUUAGGACGAGUCACCAGCUUAUAUGCUGCCUAUCAUGCAUGGAGAGGAACUCUUCAUAUUGAUAUGUAUCGGUGCCAUCAGAAAUAUGGCUCGAUGGUGCGAUAUUCUCCGUCUCGCUUACUGAUCGAUACGGAUACGGCGCUAAAGGAUAUUCAUGCUCAUGGUGCCAACACACUCAAGUCUAAAGCCUACCAGGCCCUCGUCCACAGUGCUCCUAAUACUCUGACCAUCCGCCACAAGGCGGAUCAUGCCCGAAGGAGACGGAUUCUUAGCCUUGCGUUUUCUGACUCUCGGAUGCUCUCGUAUCAAAACAUUGUACUACGGCAUGUCAACGCACUAUGCGACAACCUAGAAGAGGUUGCAAGGCGUGAAGGGGGAGGCUCAGUCAACAUGUCUCUACAAAGCGACUACUUUACCUUUGAUGUCAUGUCAGAAGUCAUAUUUGGUAUGGCAUACAACGCUUUGAGAGAUAGCAAAUACCGGUUUGUCUCUCGGGCUUUGGAAGCAUCCAACAUUCGUAUCAGUGCCCUCGUUCAAUCCCCCCUGCUUGUUAUUGGCAGACUUGACAAAUAUCUCUUCCCUAAGUCUAUCGUGGGUCGAAACAAAUUCCUCGGUUUCAUCGGAUCCUUGUUGCGUGACAGAUCAAAGGCUUCAUUUGCAGAUAAUGGAAACGUGUUUUCCUUUUUGGAAACAGCCAAGGAUCCAGAUGGCGGCAACGAGCUGAGCAAGUCUGAGAUCAGAGCCGAAUGUGCUACUCUUGUUGUGGCCGGAUCAGAUACUUCCUCUUCAACCCUAGCUGGGACUCUUUUUUACCUCAGCCGCAACCCUCGGGCCUACGAUCGCGUGUGUCGCGAGGUUCGCAGUGAAUUCCAGGAUGCCCAACACAUUAGUAUCGGCCCGAAACUAAGCUCUUGUGUUUAUCUACGAGCUUGUAUCGAGGAGACUCUACGGUUGUCCCCUCCUGUAGGGGGAGCACUGUGGCGAGAGAUCGGGCCCGGUGGUAUGAAUGUUGGAUCCCUCAGCCUACCUGCAGGUAUAGACGUUGGAACAGGCAUAUACAGCCUCCACCAUAACAGCAUCUAUCACCCAGACCCCUUCAAAUAUCUACCUGAACGCUGGAUUGUCGGUGAGGGCUCCACUACAAGCAAAUCCGUAGAGGUUGCCAGGAGCGCUUUUUCGCCCUUUUCUCGCGGUCCAAGGAGCUGCGUCGGCAAAGGAUUUGCGUACCAUGAGCUUUCUUUGACAAUUGCUCAUAUUAUCCAUCGAUUUGAGUUUUCUACAACAGAAGAUGACAUAUCUUCGAGGCGCUGCAGUGAAGGGCCAGGUGGUACAGAUGAAUUCUUACUACGAGACCAUGUUACAGGGGCCAAAAGUGGUCCAUUGCUUCGUUUCUCCUUGCGUGCAUAA